AUGUAAUACAAAAUUAGACAGUCACGUUCAUUUGUUUUCCCUCAUUUAACAUGGCGCCUAUCCUUGAAUUCGUCAUAAGGCAGCUCGUCCAAUCACAGCGUUCGACGAUUAGCGUUAUCAUGACAACAGAAGACACUUCCGGGAGUUAUGACCAAUGGUAGCAGAGGGGGCGUGGCAAACUGCUAACCAAUGAUUAUAUUCAGGGGCGGGGCGUAUGAUCACUGCGCCUUCAUGACGUAGUAGCUUUAUAAUAAUUUAAAUUCGUUUCUCAUACUUGAAAAUAAAUUAUGUUAUUUAGAAUAUUAUCUCAUCUCUGAUCGUUUUGUAAGUUUAGGACGGAAAUGAAUAAGAGCGCGGCAGAUACAGGAUAGUCAAGUGAUAUUUUCCAGCACUAAACAUGGCGGCCACAGUUCUCUCCAGAUGUCAGAGUCUGUCCAAUCAGGGGCGUCGAUGAUCUGUGUUGUCAUGACAACAGCCAUCGGGCCCGUCAGACAGAUACCAGGGGGGAUGAGACAGGACCACAGACUGGGAGCCGAGCCAGAGAGGGAGCGGAGUUGUAUGGGGAGCCGUGCAGGCCACAGCCCGGAACGCUUUCAUCCUUCCGUGUGACCGCGUGGCGUUAUGACACUGACUAAAGGCUCCUUUACGUAUUCCACCGGGGAGGAAUAUCAUGGAGAAUGGAGAGAAGGUAAGGACCGGGACGGACAUCAACCUGAUGGUCGCAGGCACGGCGUGGGCCAGUUAUUGUUUGCAGACAGAGCGAUGUAUGUAGGACAGUUCGAGAACGGACUGUUCAGCGGCUUCGGGGUCCUGACCUUUCCUGAUGGCUCAAGGUAUGAAGGGGAGUUCCUUCAAGGAAAGUUUCAAGGAGCAGGCGUGUUUACCAGAUACGACAAGAUAAAAUAUGAGGGGGAGUUCAAAGGGGGUCGCGUUGAAGGCUAUGGUCUUCUGACGUUUUCGGACGGUUCCCAUGGAAUGCAGAGGAGCGAAGGUCUCUUCGAGAACAAUAAACUGGUAAAGAGAGAGAAAUGUCAAGCCGCAAUCCAGAGGGCCGUAAGUGCCUCCAAAGCGUCCUGCUGCCUGGCCGCCAACCAAGUCUAAGAGGACGGAUGCGUCACCGAUCACAUUCUACAAGUGCACUCACUUUUUGGAUAAUUUUUUAUUUUCUUUUUUUUUUCCUUUCGCUUGUUUACACUGCUUGCUGGUAAAAGCAGACAGACUGCUGUAUUUAACACUCUGAAUGGCAUAUAGCACUAUAGAAAUAUAUAUAUAUACGGUGCAUUCGGAAAGUUUUCAGACCCUUUCACUUUUGUUUCACACUUUGUUAGGUUGCGUCUUGUUCUAAAAAAAAACAAAAACAACAUACCGUAUUUUUUCGCCGUAUAAGACGCACUUUUUCUUCCCCCAAAACUGGGGGGGAAAAGUCGGUGCGUCUUAUACGGCGAAUACACACCUAUCGCGGCGGUCCCUGCGGCCAUCGACGGCCGGGACCCGCGGCUAAUACAGGACAUCACCGAUCGUGGUGAUGCCCUGUAUUAACCCUUCAGACGCGGCGAUCAAAGCUGACCGCCGCGUCUGAAGGGAAAGUGACACUAACCCGGCUGUUCAGUCGGGCUGUUCGGGACCGCCGCGAUUUCACCGCGGCGGUCCCGAACAGCCCGACUGAAUAGCCGGGUUAGUGCUUACAGGACACCGGGAGGGACCUUACCUGCCUCCUCGGUGUCUUCUCCGUUCAGGGAUCCCCUGUAUGGCCGGCGCUCUCCUUCCUCGUCAUUACGUCGUCGCGUACGUGCGUCGGCGUGCGUAACGACGUGAUGGCGGCGACGGAGAGCGAGGAUACCUGGCCGGCAGCAGAGACGUUCUGGAGCGACGGGGACACGGCGACAGCGAUGGAGCGACAUCCAGGGCAGCGGUGACUGGUCCGGAGCGGCGGGGACACGUGAGUAUUACCUCCUAUGCAGUGGUCUUCAAUCUG